AUGGGGAGCAAGGCCUCUUGGUUGUUGGUGACAUACAUUAUCGUAGUUGUCUCAGAUGCCUGGUUAAUUCAACCGCAAGGCUUCCUUACGAAGAUUGGUGUGGAUCCUGAAAUUUAUCAGACCGUGGUAAGAGUGUGCGCAUGAUAUGCACGCGUUGAAUUUUGCGAACAUUAAGAUUAUUCUUAAGAAGUUACAAUCGUAACUUAAUCUUUAGAUUCUAAAUUACUUUCAUAAACACGUCUUUUAGAAAUACCUUUCCUAGCAAGUUAUUCUUAGGGUUCAGUUCAACUGGUUGUCGAUUGAAAAGUGACUUUAACUUCUGUUACUCUAUUAAGGAGGGCAUACAGCCAGGGCCCUGCCAGCACCACCCCGCCUAGCCUUUUCAAGUCUUACUGGACUGGAAAGGAUUGGGCGUGGCUGGUGGCGGUGCUUUUCAUGCAAUAGUCCCGUCUAGCACGAGGGGCGCCGCCUUUUCGUCCGUUGUGGUACCCCUUUACAGUACCGACUAUCAUACGAAUUUUUCGAGAGACGCAGUGCCCCAUCACACCCACACGUGACACUUCGGGACACCUAAUGUACGCGGAGUACUACGCAGUACUUCAGAUGACUUCACCGUAUAUGUACUAGGCGACACCGAAUAUCUGACAUAGAACACGUGUUCUACCGGACGAAAAUUCAUGAAAUCUCGAGAGAGUAAUUGCCUCGAAACAGUUAACAGUUAUCGUAAUAAGAGAAAAUGUCUGUCUCGUUGUAAUAAUUAGGCAUUCAAAAUAUUCUUUACUGACAAGCCGUGCUACAUUAAGCCGCAAUAGAGUAUCACUUUUUCCUUGAUAACCGAACAUUUGAAUUUAAAUCGAAUUGAGGGAUUUCGCUUGGUCUGUCUUUUCACUACUCAAAAGUGUUUCGAUUACUGCUAUACUUUUGACACCCUUCAGUACGCUAUAGUUGAAAGCAAAGGCUACUCUGCUAAAAGUUAUAUAAUCGACACUCCUGACGGUUAUUUACUGACGGUACACCGUAUCGGCCCAAAGAAACCACUUUUGGAGGGGAAGCGGAACGUGGUCCUACUGCAACACGGUUUUAUAGAUUCUGCGCAUACUUGGAUCAAUAACCUUGCCAAUCAGAGCCUUGGUUUCAUCCUCGCUGACAUGGGAUACGAUGUUUGGAUGAGUAACAGCCGAGGAAACACCUACUCACAAUUCCAUAGAACUCUUGAUUUGAAAAAUGAACAAUUCUGGCAGUUUUCCUGGGAUGAUAUGGCGCACAAUGAUCUUCCUGCAACGAUUGAAUUUGUGCUUCAUCAAACAGGCAAAGACAAGCUGUUCUAUGUUGGUCACUCACAGGUUAGUCUGCCAAAAUAAACUUUACGCGCUUCUAUACCCCUUCGUUUAUUAGGGCAGCCAAAUUGCGUUUGCCAAAUUCAAUUCAGAUGCAGUCCUUCGCUCAAAAAUUGCUGCCAUGGUUGCCCUGGCGCCAGUAGCCUACUUGGCCAACGUCAAGGGCCCUAUUCGGUUUUUGUCAGCCGUCUGCAAGGAGCUUGAAUUGUUUGCUGUCGUGUUCGGCCGUGGUGUAUUCAUGCCGUCAUCCUCACUCCUGCGCUUUCUCGGAGUCCUUCUCUGUCAUAGACGGUCCAUGCCAUUUAUUUGUAGUUAUGCUUACAAUCUUCUUGGUGGUUAUGGCUCCAAAAAUACUAACAUGGUGAGUGUGAUUUGUCCACCGUAUUUUGGCCACUGGCAUAAGUAUUUCUUGUCCUGAUGCUCCAUAACCUCGGUCCUAUGUUUUCAGUCGCCCUUGUACUCAAGCGCCUAAUCAAAUCUGAUAGAACCGAAAGUAGGAGCAACUGCUUUGUGCACUAAAACGACACCAUUGUGGUUUUAGACUUAAUUUACGACAAAGACAAUUUCAUAAUAAGCAGACAAAUUUCAGCAAAAUCCGAUAGGUACGCUGUGCACUGUUGCGAAGUUAAGAAAGUGUUGUAAGUGACAAUCAGUAAAGAAGAUGUGAGAACCGAUAACUGGAGAUUUCCUUCUGUGAGCCGGCAUCCAACAAAUGCAGAGAACCAAGUCCUCUUCGGUCCAGUAAGCCUUGGUUAAAUUUGGGGUUUUCUCCAGAUACUUCUUCGGUUCAACCGACCUAACUCAUGCUGGAGGUUUCGUGUACUUCAGAACACUCAUCAACAAGCGCAGAGGCUACGAAAGUGCCGAGAGAUAUCGAAAUAAGAUGGGUCACCAGAAUCUGUGGGUUCGCUCGCGGGGACCAGAUCGUUCCCUUUAGUCUGCAAAAUAGUGUCUCGUGCCUCCUUUUAUUACCGUACGUUGUUGUUUGACGCACACCUAAUUUAAAGAAAGUUUUACCAUUUGUUAAACUGCCUUUUAAUCUCCAGAUUAGUUGAACGGCCUUAGUGGCGGAAUUGGCUAUAAAUGGAGACCUCCUCCAGUGUGCCUACUCAUGUGUGACUUACGUUUUCCGACACUCAGUUACGAAAACAACCUGCGGAAUAACUACUGCACCGCAAUUCGCUACUCGGUUUGCAUUAGAAACCUUUUUCCUCUCCCACUCGUCUCUGCUCCCUCCUCAGUAUAACAACGCGCACAACGAGCAUUACUCUAUUCAGAGGAGCCUCUGAAGCACAGAGGAGAUUGUGAGUGCAAGUAAAACCGCCAACAGAAGCGGAUACCACGAUCAACGCAGUCAUUAUAUUCAACCAGAUCCUGCCAAUCCCCAUCCCCCAUUUUGACUUUUUUGUAUAAAAUCUGGAAGUCCGUUGGAACACUUAAAAUCGCAACUUCUAUACUAGCAUUGAAAACCUUUGAUGCCCGGAAAUUAUUCUUUGGUUAUAAGGCUUAAGAUAACCUCCUAGGUCAAUCCAUCUCUGUCUCAUUUAUCUUUCUGCUUGAGUUUCGCGUCUUGAGAUAUUUUUCUUAUUCCUAGACACGUCUACCUGUCUUCAUUGCUCACAGUCCGGCAGGAACGUCAGUACAAAAUAUGGUACACCAUUGUCAGGCAAGUAGUUGAUUCUUGUGUGGACCUGAUGCCAAUUUCCUGCAUCAACUGAUUUCUACUGACCUUCAAAUGAUGCAGGAAACUGUCAGAGUUCAGCCUUCAAAGGAAGACUCGCUCCUGACUUCUGCCUAACUGUAUGCUGUUGUCGGCGCGAUCGGCGCUGAAGAGUGGUCGCAAACUACGCAUAUGCGAGCAAACGAGCUACAACAUCGUCCGGAAACCCGCUAAUGUUGUCGGUAGACAGCGUUACGAACGCGCAACCAUAAGGAAAUUGUAAGACUCAGUUUUAUGAGAUUGAAAUUAUUAAGUACUUCGAAGAAGAGGUCAGAAGUGGUUAUGUAGCCCUACCUGAAGUAAACGAACCCCAGCCACCUGUUAUGCGAGACCGUUGGUAAUAGGGGUUUUUAUAGGUGGAACCGGGGAACGCACAGGCGACGAGUUCAAGUAAUUGUAUGCAAAAGAAAAGCCAUUGAGAAUGCGCGGUUUUACUAUGAGCGUUUGAGAAAUAGUUGCUCUAAGCCCUAAACCCAACCCAGACAGUAAAUUUUUCCAUCAGCUGGGGCUAUUCAACCACAUCAUACCGAAAAAGAAUUUAAGGGGGAUCAGAAGCGCGUGACCCCGCUGAAUGAUCGAUCCAACGCUCCCGUAGGAGACGCUUUAAGGACUACCUCAUUCGCAGUGUCUGACACACUGUGAGUAGGCUGGCAUCCCAUAUUCAUGAGGACCUACAACUUACGGCUAGUCACUGAGGUGCGUCGGGCCGAUUGGAUACCCCUAAAGUCGUUGCCACGCAGCCAAAAAAUAAGGCCUCGAAUCCCGAUCAACAAACUUCAGGUAGACUCAUUGAGGCCAGUGUUCAUGCAUAUUCACGUAAUAAUAUGGACCUUUUUGGUCAUAAAUAAACUCCCAACUGCAAUGGCCACGGAAAGACUAAUCACUCAAGCAGCAGCUAAGUUAUAGUGUUUUCCGGCGCCAGUUCUUUUAGUCGCGUGGCACGCCUUAAUCUGGGGGUCUUCAUGCCAUUCUAACCCCAACACCGAAUGGUAACUCUCCAGUCGGCUUGAGGCGGACUUGUCAUCAGUUUUAGAGAAUCAAGAUUGACUUAAUUCGUCACGUUCGCUUUCCUUAAGUUAGACAAUCAAACACUUUUUUCGACUGCUACCACGUGUGCCGUCAUGGCUUCGGAGGCUUCCAGUUAACGAAUUAAUUUCACUCUUGGUGUGUUCUUUAUGGCUCGUAUGGUGUGGUAUGCGAGUUUCCAGACUCCUCAAAGACGACUCUUUCUCGAGGAGGAAGAGGGCAACGUUUGUGAGUUUUACUUCCCCGGCUCCUGCGACCUUACGGAUCUGCGGUCGCCCUUACUCUAUCCUUUCAUCAGAACAUAAUCAGUGUCGUAGGGGUAGUACGGGGUUGAUGCUGCCAAAUCUACCGCCAGUUCAGCGCUUACUUCGAAAGCUCUCUAUUCGACUUUAGCACACAUACCGUUUCUACCCCAGCUAAAUAAAACUUCUGCCCAAAAAUAAAAACAGUAUGUAGUGGGCAGCAUGGACUACCGCUGAUUGUCACAUGCUACUGCAGCUGUUGCUAUCUUAUAGGUGUCAGCAUAUACCGGUCUUACAAGAGACUGUCGAACACUGAACGCACUUACAAAUUCUUUCCUAAUUGGUGGGGGGUUGAGGGUGCGCUAUAAGGGAAGCCCGUAGCCCAUUACUCGAUUUAUGCAUGCAUUAGUGAGUUUUGCCGCAACGACUCGAUAUACCAGCUUUUGUAAGAGAACUUCUGCGAUUAAAACGAUGAUUAUAAGGUAUCCCCACAACACCCUCCGUAGACAUCAAUCGGGAAUGUGAUGAAUGAUCACCAAGAAGGCAUGAAGAUUCGCAAAAUAGCCGCCGUCUGAAGAGGGUUGUGGACUUCGAUUGCAGUACGCAAGCUGUCAGUUUAUGUUGAAAAAAGCAUAAUCUUCACAAUGUGAUUUUUAAUCAACCCUCAUAUUUACGUCUGUUGCGCAUACAGAGUAUGUUCCACGGGAAAUUUCAAGGCUUUGACUUUGGAGCGGAAGAGAACAUGCGUCAUUAUAAUCAACCCGUCCCUCCAGUCUACGGCGUCGGCAACUUGGACAUGCCGAUGAAACUGUAUUGGGGUGGCGAUGACUGGCUUUCAGCACCUGAGGAUGUCCGCAGGCUGCUCGCAGAACUGCCGAAGCGGCCCUACAUUCGAGACAUGUAUCUGCCGCAUUACAACCAUCUAGAAUAUGUGAGGGGCAUGGAUGCCGCCAGGGACAUCUACUCGGAUAUACUCGAAUUCUUCAGAGAAUUCCAGUGA